AGUUAACUGGCGAGAGGAAUGCAGCGCUAUGUAACGCUGAUGCUGCGGUUAGAAAGCCUUAAGCCAGGUCCACAGUGUCGUCUCGCAGCGCACCAUGGCCGCAUACCACCUGACCAUCUACGCCGAACGAUACACACAACCUGUCCGGCAUGCACCGUACUCACGGUGCCGUACGCCUGACCGACUGGUACCAGUACGGUACCAGUUGCCCUGCAGCCAGGCAGCUGCGCGCGCGUAUUUGCCUCGUCCGAAGAAAUCGCGAUCGUGGUCGCCGAUUCUCCUUCACUCGUACAGUGUGUUCUGUCUUUACUCUCCUCGCCUAUACGUAAUUGGAAUACUAUCUAUCUACAUACCGAAAGAUUGGCGUACUGGAGUACGAAACGAUUAGGAUGACUGCUGACCGGGGACUGAGCAGGUUGAACGUUCGGAGGAUCGGUUGAGAAGAUACGCGCUCUGGAAACAUUGGAUCAAGGCCGAGCAACGUGCCGCGUUGUUGGAGCUGGCUCGUCGAGAGAAGCAAGAAGAGCAGACGGGAGAGGCGUGUUGGUUGCGGCAGGUCGCAAGGAACAGGUCUUAAGAUGGCCUACAUUAUCCGGCCUUAUCGGUGAGAGAAGCGGCACAGCGUUUCGGUCGAAGAAGAAACAGGGUGAGGAGCACGUGGCGGGAGAAGCGGUCGAGAUAAUAGCUGGACAGGAAGAAAAAUGGGGCAGGCUUGGUGCAAGGAGAAGACCACGAAGGCUCAGGAUUCCAAGUCCCCUUUGGAUCGAGUUUUCGUGCGUUGCAUGCAUCGGAUUUAUCCCAGUUUGAAAGAAGAGGGAUCCGUGUUAGGUGGCGCCACGCAAAGAGUGACGAGCUCCGAAAUAGGGUACGCUGGUUCGCCGCCAAGGGAGGCACUCACCAGAGGCAGGAGCAUAGAUUCCGUGGACAGGCCUUUUCAUCCGAGCGACUGGGUCGACGUGAACCUCGAAGUGCCGAGUACACCGAGGGCAAGUUCCGCUCUCACGAAUUUAACCGUCGACACGAGCCUCUAUCCGGCCGCCACCCCCACGUCCAGCUGUCCAAAUCUGAAGGACGUGACGCCGGUCCCGCCUCCCAGGCGGCGAAAGCGAAACAAGGGCAGGCCCUUGCCGCCGAAACCGGACGAGAUCUCGGCGGAAAAUUCGUCGAGCGGUUCGAAACGUCACGAAACCGGCGACGAGCCGCUGUACUCGUCGGUGAGGUCGCCGAGAAGCAGCGGUGACGAGCAAGACGCGGAAGAGGAGACGAGAACGGGCAAACAUCGGUCGCAGGACGACGCAGGACGCGAUGGAAGUGGUGCCAAGGAGAUUUACGAACACAAGGUGAACGGCACCGGAAGGAUAAUAUCGAGCGACGUGGUUUCCGGCAAGAGACCCUUCGAGAGCAGCCAGCAGCAUCAGCGCAACGUCCACGAGAGCGAGGAGUACGAGAGAUUUGCGAGGAGCCGGACGGACAACGAUUCGUCGACCCCUAAUCGCGAGGAGAAGAGGCGAUCGAGGGAGAUCGAGAGGCAAACGAAGGAUUCCUCGAGGGACCACGGGAAAUCGGGCAGCAACGCGAGGCCCAAGAACUUCAGCACCGUCAGUCUGCCGAAUUACGACGAGUUGGACGUGGCCAGACACCGGCCGGAAGAAAACGACGAGCACGAACAACGCCGGGACAAAACGAGGAAGGCCAGGAGACCCGUCAGAAGCAGCACCGGAUCGCUUCCGGCUGAAUCCUUCCUCUCGCCGUUUUCGGAGAAAACGAGCGUACGACUGGAGGACUACAUCCCGAGGUCCGAUAACCUAUCGCCGUAUCAGAUCAUGGAGAAGUUGAACCGCGGCGCGAACAGUGUGGUUAGAGACGAAUUCGUGAGGUACGACUCAGAUAAACCGGAGGAUUGGGAGUUGGACGACGAAGUGAAUCGUCAACGAUGCUUCACCUUGGAGGAUUUUCAGGAUACUUCUGACGUGGACGAGGGGAGUCAAGUUCGCGAGGACGGCGAGGACGUCGUCGAUUUCUCGAGAGCCAAGAGUCCAAAAGACGAAGGAAGAAGUUCAUCCCCUUUGGCGAAUAAAGAUGUUCCAGCAUUGACGAUCCACUUGGAGAAGCCCGAAGCGUUUGGAAAAACAGCGUCGCCGUUCGUUGGCCAGCCAGAGUACGCCGAAGUGGAUCCAAAUAGAUCUCACCUGAAGUAUGAUCCACCGAAAUUGACUGACAGUUGCAGAAUAUCGUGUGCCCGCGAGUCGUCAGUGUCUAAAGAGCCGUUUUUCCUCGACGAGGCGAAACAUCGUUCAGCUCUAGGUGCGAUCGGUGGGCCGACGAAACCGAAGCUAAAGCCCGGCGAAUCGAGGACAACGUUCGCCAACGAGAUCGGGCCGAGUGAAGACACAUGCGAGUCGAAAGGCUUGCACAGCCAAGCGUCGAACCUGAUCAGAACCAUCUCCGAGGAGUCGUUGCCUCGCGAGAUGCUCGAGGAGCAGGAGCUGGACGAUUUCUUCGACGAGAAGCUCGCCAAAGACGUCCACAACAACUUGAAGAAGAGCCUGGACGACUGGAAGACGAAGACACCGCCUCCGAGUCCCGAGCCCAAAGUGAAGCCCGCCAACACGGACUCGGAUCAUUCGACCUUGUUGAAGGUUCUCAAGGAUGAGACUGCGGAGGAGAGUAACCUAAGCUCGAUGACUCCGAGUCUGACGGAGUUGGAAGCCGCUCUGUCGGACAUGUUGGAGAAGGAAGACUCGCAGGAGGGAUCUAAAGACGAAACUAAAUCGAGCCUAACGAAGGAACAGCUGAUCGCGAAGGAGAUAGAACCCGAGACACUGAGCUCAGACGGUCGCGUUGGCAAUGAAAAUCCAGAAGACGCAGACGAGGUCGCGCAUGAAAUCCCAACGUCGUUGAAACAGAUCCUCGAAGAGAAGAAACUUCCGUCGAGGAAGGUUUCGUUUUGCGCCUGGGAGGAAUUCGAUCAAGCAUCGAUCGAUCAGGCUGAUCGUUCGGUGGACGUGGCGACGAGUGUCCCUCGGUUGGACGAGGAUCGAGGAGUGGACAACAAGGGCUUUUCCUUGGACGUUCCGCCGGAGAAGCCGAGCAGGUUGAACAGGAGUCUGGAUGAUCUCGUGGAGGACGCGAACGUUGUUCCAACGCCCCCUCGAAGGAGGAACAGGAGCCUCUGCGCGGCCAAGAAGGAGCCUGAAGUGGCGCAAAAUGGCACCGUCUCCAAGCACCUCUCCAACGACAGACUUAUUUAAUUGUCCUAAGUGAUGAUCUCCGAGAGAUGUUUCCAGUGGAUGUAGUUACACUGUUGGUGGGAUGACCGAUUUAACGUGGUUGUAGAUCGGAGCGUUGAGUGGCCGCGCUGAUUUGAUGUACACUCCGGGGAUCGGAUGAAACUGUUGACUUUUGCGAGUAGAAAUCCAUUUUGUAUGAACUUGUUUGUACAGUGUGUUUCACAAUCAGUGUCUCAAGGCCGUUGUCCAUUUGAGAGUUCAUUGCUUCUGGCCCUACUCACUGUGGUGCGGUUUAGUUGGAAACACACGAGUGUGAACGGUGACAUCGUUAUCAUGGAGGUGAAAGAAACGUGUGCCCUCAUGGUUGUCCAUGAUAUUUUAAGAAAAAAGAAAACUCAACGUGAAAA